CACUUGGCAACAGGAACGGAAUUGAAUUGAAAAGCAAGCAAUACUAAAACUCUGUCAGUGGCUUUUAAAGUUUCACAUUUUUAUAGGCAUAAUAUAUUUUGUUAACCAUGUCGCUCGUCUAUAUCACGCACCACGAUGAGAACAUCUUUGAUUGUGAGCAAGAGUUUAUUAACCAGGCGGUCAGCAAGCCCUCCAGGGUUUACAAUACCGCUACUGCCAUAAAGGGAGCACGGUUUGCCAAGUCCUUGCGCGACCGCUUGGAUGUCGAGGAUAAGAAGCAUUCGGUAAUUUUGCAGAACGAUGGCAUGCUACUGCUUACGGAUGCCAAGAAGGCCCAUCAUCGCACCAUGGGCUGCGCCCACACACCCAUUGAUCCGCCGUGCGCCUAUCUUCGCAAGAACCAGGGCGUCAAAUGGCGGCGCGAGAACACUCAUGUCUGUCCCAAGGGUGAGAAAAUGCCGCCGUUGCCAGGCAUCGGUAGCAAGCGCCAGGAGCCGAUAAUGGUGCCGAAUUUCAUACGGCGGAAUAUCCAAUGCGCCAAACGGACAGUGCCAUGUCCACCGCCGCCGCGGUACAUUGACACGCCGGUGGGCACGCGACACAAUCUGCUGAACUCUGGCCUGUUGCCACAAUUCAUCUGUCGCAAGGACUUUGGCAAGGUGCCCAUUUACCUGAAGAAGACCAAGAGACUGCUGACCGAGAUGAAUGCAAUCUGUGCCAAAGAGCAGGCACGCCUGAUGGAGCUCUGUCGCGGCGUCAAGGGAUUCACGAAAGCCCCCACCAUCGCCAGCGAAGGCGCUGCUCGGGCUCCACCGGAAGUGCCUGGCAUGCGGGUAAUGGAUCAAAAAGAGCGCAACGAAAUCAUCGAGGGACUGCGUCAGAGUCUCAGCGAGAUGACCAAGCAGUAUCAGUCCAUGUCGCUGCUCAUCGACAGCGUGGCCAAGGUUCAGCGCAAGGGCAAGCUAGAGACUGAUUUGCGGCAGGUGGAGCAGGACAUUCUGUUGCUCGAAACCAGUCCUAUUAUUUAUGUUUCACUGUAUUAACCUAACCAAAGCUUAUACACACACAGACACGACAAAUUCCCAGGCGUGUGGGUGUGUGUGUCGGCAUCUGUCAGUGGAGCAAAGCCAGAGCGGAGCCCGCCUUCGCUGCCAGAGACGGACACACACACGCGCGCCCCAGCCACUUAAUGGAAUUACUUAAUAAAUUUUAUGUUUACGCAGU